AUGAGCUCGAAAAUAGCCGUUGCCUUGGUUCGUCCACCCUUCGAGGCUGGCGCAAACCCUUCUGCCUCCAUGGCGGCAUUGAUGCAGUCCACCAACGACUCCGUUGCUGUGUCCACCACUAUACCUAGUUCAUCCACACUCACUAGCUCCGAUACCAUCUCCUUCCUUAAGCCUCCGUCCAAACCGGAAUCCAACUUGAGCUCUAUCGCUAGCGCGGGUCUGCACGUCUCCCGAUCUCAACCUCCUCAAAUGGCAAGCCCUUCGUCGGCGCCGGAUCGACCGGUGCACUUGGAUCACGACAGGGAUGCUGAGCGAAAUAGUUCUCAAGUGGCUCGCGAGGCAUUGGGUGCUAGCGAGAAAUCACCGGCUCCCUCAAUCCAAGAUCCACACAUUCAUGCAUCUCCAGAGCAAAUGCAAGUAGACACCCAUACAAACGACACUUCAGACCCGUACGGAUCGACCGAUCACCAACAAUCCCUUAUGCAUGCAUCCACAGUCGCAAGCCCUGGCCCUAUCGAAGAGUCGACUUCGCAAGAUGGAGACCGUCAUCGCCCACAAGAUGACUCAGAGAUCGACCAGGACAGUAACAAAGCCUUCUCAUACCCUAUGCCUACCGGCGGUAUCAACGAUCCCCGUCGCGGACUAAGUCUGCCCAAUGCCGGCUUCAACCGAGGCAGCCCUCGUUCACCAUCUACAAAGAAACAUCGGUGCCCCUAUUGCGCUACCGAAUUCACCCGACAACACAACCUCAAGAGCCAUCUCCUUACACACAGCCAAGAGAAACCAUUCGUUUGCCAAACAUGUCAAUCUCGGUUCCGCCGAUUACAUGACUUGAAGCGACACACAAAACUACAUACAGGCGAACGACCUCAUAUUUGCCCCAAGUGUGGACGACGCUUUGCUCGCGGCGAUGCGCUUGCGAGACAUAAUAAAGGCCAGGGAGGGUGUGCGGGUCGUCGCGCAAGUAUGGGAAGCUUUGCGGCUGAUGAUGAAUACGGUGAUGGACAACACCCCGACGAUGGCAUGGAUGGGUUGGUGUACGCGGAACCAGAGUCAAUGGAUGGAGAUGAGGAGCCUCGACUCAACCCACAGGGGAUGCGCAAGCAUGAUGAUAGUAUCUCACGGUCUGAUUCGCUGAAUUCUCGUCAGCCCAGUACAUACCCGCCCAUUGCAGCAAGUCGUGGAGGUAUCUUCCCCCCGCCUGGUACACAUGGUGGACCUGGAACGCCAUCAGGAACUUCACAAGUGGGCAAUCUGACCUUCCCACCAGCAGGACAUCACUCUGGAACGUCUCUCUUCAUCCCCAGUACUAUCAGCGAGAGCUCGAAACCGUUGUCUCCCAAUGCUCUAUCACAUCAUGACUCCGGCGCCUCUUCACAUCGCGGUCAUUCCCCCAGCAUGGGUCAAUCAUUACCCCACCCUCAGGCACCAUAUGGACGCGGAAGUCUGUCGGGACCUAAUCACCCAUUGGGUCUACCCCUCCCACAACCGGGGGCUCAGCUUCCCCCUCCCGUCAUUAGCUCUCCAGACCCUCGUUAUGGGCCUGCACCCAAUAAGCAUAACUCAUCGCAUAGUCACUCUAGCAGUCAUGGGUUACCUGCGCCUAAGAUUGGACUUGACGGUCCUGAUGGAUCUGGGGAUGCCAGUCAAAUUGAUAGGAUUUGGACAUAUGUUCGCUCAAUUCACGAUGAACUAGCAGGAUUGCGAAAUGAGGUCGCCUCAUUACGUGCACACAUUGCUUCCACAAAUACGUCAACAGCGCCCCCGGGAGAAUUAACUCAAAAUAAUUCUAUUCCACGGUAA